AUAUAUGCUUGUAAUUUUUUGAGUAAUCAUGAACCUCAUUGUUGCUUAAUAAUAAUUGCAGAAAUUUGAUGUAACUAUUCAGGUAAUUGUUAGAAGUGCAUAUUAUACAACCUUCCACUUGCAGCCAAGCUUUAGGGUCCCUCUAACACAGGAUGCUUUUCGAAAUAGGAGAGCUCACUUGAGUUAUUUGUGUUUCCCAAAAUGAGGAUGUGUAAAGGUACUUGGUGCAAAGGACUAUGCACCAGAGAGAGUUAUUCCCAGCAAGUAUUUUCCAGCCUAGCUUGCACACGAGCUAUGUUAUUUUCCUUGGCUGUUCACAGACCCAACCCACUAUGGUCUUUGCUCCUGCAAACAGCACGCCAACGGACUGAAUGGAGUUAAUUUUCUUUAGUGUCUGAACCUCAUAAGAAAUUCCUUUCGAUUCUAUCAAUUGCUGGAUAGACCGAGCUGGAAGGAGGGAUGUUUGCAUGAUAUAAGUUGGGAUGGAAGAGGUAACAGAUUGUACUAAACUGUACCGGCCUACAAAGCUGCGAAGUUUUCUCUUCCAGGAGCUAAGUUUAGCUCGCAUUUUGUCCAGUACUUGAAAGUGUUGUUUGUUGACCCGCCAUGGAGAAUGGGUACCCCAGAUAGGUUCCCAAGUUCGUGGUUAGGGGAAUGCCACAUCUUGAGCUCCAAGUUGAGGUCACUGCGGCUUGGAUAUUUGGUGAUAUAAAGAGGUUGGAUGCAUAGAAUUGUCCCCAAACUGAAUGUAUCAGCACAGGUUUAAAGGUAGUCCAUGACACCACCUAAUUAGGUCGUAGAGGCCUGGCAAAACAGCAUGGAUCAUUAGUGAUAAAAAGGUGAGAAAUUGAGAUGUUAUACCAAGAGAGGCUUAGAGGCUUCCAAUGACCCCGCUACACACUCUGGUCAAUGAACAGGUAAGGAGAAAUGGGGUUUCUUAUUGACGAAGUUCCCUCUCGGGUUUGAAGUAAAGCAAAGCUUCACCAAUCUACAAAAUGGAAGGAUUAGUAGACAUAAUACAAAGCAUAAUAAGACAAAUAAGUUUAA